AUGAACACAUUCCCAACUAUGGAUGUUUUGCAGCCAGAUGCUGUAGUGCUACAGAAAAUCGUUUACAGAAAUAAAAACCAACAUCGUCUCACGAUUUGGUGGAGGCAUGUAAUCAUGCUUCACCGUAGGUUAAGGCAAUGGCUCUCUGGAAAGGAAUCUGUGAAAUCGUUGCUUUUGCAACAAUGCCCAAAAUCUUACGCUCUUUUUACCAAUUUAAUUGCACAUGGCCAAUAUCCAGGACUUGGGUGCCUUCUGCUUGGCAUUUUAUCUCGCGUUUGGUAUGUUUUGGGAGGAAUCGAAUAUGAAGCUAGCUUGUCACCCCCAUCAUCUCCGGCUCUUUUACCAAAUCCUCCUCUCUUACAAGAGCAAAUUUUCAAAGCGAACAAUAAAGAAAAGGAUCUAUCGGACCUUGGAACUGUCAUUUCUCGUGAAGAACUUUCUUCCUCUGCUCCUCCAUCGUCACUUUCUCGUGAAGUCAGCCUUGCUAACUCUCCAUCUGCUGAAGUGAAUUCCAUUCCACUACCGCAAACACCGUCUGCGCAAGCGCAACCCUCUGGAGGUGGUAUUUCAGCAUCCGAUAAACCCUCGUUACGGUCUUCCGAUUCAACUUGUUCAGCACCCAAAAAGAAGAAGAAGAAAUCUAAAAAGAAAAAAGAUGAAAUUGACGAUAUUUUUGGUUAA